UGGAGAUUUUGCUCUCUGUCCUUCUCUGUCUCUCUCUCUCUCUCGUUCUCUUUCCUUCUCUUUCUCUCACUCUCUCUCUCUCUCUCUCUUACUCUCCCUCUCUCUCUCUCUCUCUCACUCUCAACAUUUAGAUCUUUAAUGGAAUAGUAACACUUUCUGUGUUUGUGUGUGUGUGUGUGUUUGUGUGUGUGAGUGUGUGUUUAUGUGCAUGUGUGUGGGAUUCAGCAGAGUGACAAGUAGGGAAUGGCUCACCACUCCAAAUCUCCGUUAAGACGCUCCUUCAGUGAACACAUUAAGGAUUCCACCAACAAAGCAUGGGAUAUAAUCUGGAAAAACACAAGAGAAAAAAGACUUUCAGAUGAAAGAGCAGGUGGUCGAGUUCAAUCGGAGGAUGUGAGCAGGAUUGGUGAAGAGAUUGAAGCAAAAGACGCCUGUGAUUGGCUCAGGGCUGCUGGAUUUCCACAAUAUUCCCAGUUGUUUGAAGCAUCUCAGUUUCCUGUUGAUAUUGAAGUGGUGAAAAAUGAUCAUGAAUUUUUAGACAGAGAUGCCACAGAGUCUCUGUGCAGGCGAUUGAAAACACUGAACAAGUGUGCAAUGAUGAAAUUGGAAAUUGGUAAAGAGAGGAGAAAGAGUGAUGAAUCAGAAGACGAUGAGCCUUGUGCCAUUAGCAACAAAUGGACUUUUCAAAGGGACAACAAACGAUGGUCUCGUGUUGAGGCACUGGAACCUUUCCAUUCAGAAAAUAUCUCCUUGCCUGGGAGCCCUUGCUUGAAGAGUGUUGACAGUGAUGAUAUUAUGUUCCCAGAGCUGGGAGAGAAGCAUGAGGUAUCAUCAAUUCGCAGCAGCAGCAGCAGCAGUGGAGGUAGUGAUAAUGUCAGCUUGCCAAAAAACUCUGAAAUCCAGGCCGCAGAUUUUGAGACGAGUCGAAGCUCCUCAAGGUGUUCCUCGAUUAAAUUGCCUUCUGCAGACUCUUCCUUCAGUGGGCCACCAUCGCCUAAUGAGCUCUCUGGAUUUAGCACUUAUGGAAAGUGCUCAAAGACGAAGGGAAAGGGUUUAUUGAAGAAAAUGGAGAGGCUGCGAUUAAGAAGUUCAAGUCAGAAGAGCAGUCAUCCGAAGCUCAGGCCAUUUAUCAGUGCACCUGUGCUUCAGGAGGGAUUGGAUGAAGAAAAAUUGAGAAAUCUCAAUUGUGUUGACAUUGCAGAACUUGAUGAGCAGCUUCUCGGUCUGAACCUAUCCUGUUCAUCCCAAACCUGCAGCAGUAGCAGUCAAUCGGAAAACAGUAGUACCGUGAGCACACCCAGUCCUGUCCUUAGAACACGAAACCAACUCUAUAGAAAAGAAGGUGGACUGUAUGUGGAAAAUUUUAAUUCGAUUUUGCCACCUUGCAGGACCCAAAAGAACAAUGUAAAUGAGAGAGGUCAAAAUGAUCAUCUAAUUUUUCAUGUUCCACUGGGUCACAAACCAGGAACGUUUCCCAAAGCACUUCAGCAUGGCAUGAUAGCACCAGCAGACAACACUUCAGUAAACUGGAGGACUGGCAGUUUCCAUGGCUACCGUAAGAGCAGAUUUGGGAGGGACAGUAGGGGGAGCAGUUCAAAGGAGUUAGAUGGUGGACAAAGCCCCCAAAAUGAAUUGGAUAAUCGAAUAAGCAUUUACGAUAAUGUCCCAGGGGUCCAUGUUCACCUGAACAAUGGAGAAGUAGCAGAUACAGGUGACGAUGACGUGUUUGCAGAAAUGGAUGAUGUCAUGGAACAUGUGAAUGGCCUCCAACAGUUGGUGAGCAAGUGGACAGAAAAGUUUUCUGAUGAAGGUGAAUCAGAUUCUGCAAAUGACUCUACAUCUCCUUACCCGUCUUCUCCAAAGGACAUUCAUUUGGAGAUAGAGAAACACCUUGGGAGGGUUAAUGAGGAAACACCAGCUAACAUGGCUGAAAAUUCUGGUGAAUUAGAUGCAUCAGACGUCCAUUUUGAGAGAGACUCUGGAGUUGGCUCAUCUUUAAAGCAUGCUAACAGGCAAGGAAGACUAUGUUGGCCCAGUGAGCGGAACUUGAACUGUCAGAAUCUCCAUCUACAGAUUGACAGCCAAUCUGCCGCCCAGCUCAACCUGUUACAGAAGCUAGCUCUUCUGAAGCUCACUGCUCUGAUGGACAAAUACUCCCCCUCCAGCAAGCAAGGCUGGAACUGGACUGUUCCUAAAUUUAUCAGGAAGAUAAAGGCACCUGAUUUUAAAGAUCGAGUGGUGUUUGGGGUUCCGUUGCUGCUGAAUAUGCAGCGUACAGGACAUCCUCUACCCAAAGGCAUUCUGCAGGCCAUGUACUUCCUGCGGAGCCAUUGCCUGGACCAGGUUGGAUUAUUUAGAAAGUCUGGAGUAAAAUCAAGGAUCCAGGCAUUACGAGAGAUGAAUGAGAGCUCUCCGGACGGUGUCAGCUAUGAAGGCCAGUCUGCAUUUGAUGUAGCUGACAUGGUGAAACAAUACUUCCGUGACUUACCUGAACCCUUAUUUACCACAAAGCUGUCUGAGUCAUUCCUUCAUAUAUAUCAAUAUCUGCCAACAGACCAGCAAUUACCUGCUGUUCAGUCAGCCAUCCUGCUGCUCCCAGAUGAAAAUCGUGAAGCUCUGCAGACUCUCCUCUUCUUUCUCUGUGACGUUGUAGCCUGUGUCAAUGAGAACCAAAUGACUCCCACCAACCUUGCAGUUUGCCUGGCUCCAUCCCUGUUCCACCUCAACACCCUGAGAAGGGAAAGCACUACCUCAAGGGUAAGCCAGAGGAAAUAUAGUCUGGGGAAACCUGACCAGAGAGACCUAAGUGAAAAUCUUGCAGCCACACAAGGAUUGGCACACAUGAUUGCAGAGUGCACAAAUCUCUUCCUGAUUCCUGAGCAAUGGGCAGGGCAAAGGCUGACCAUCUAUCACCAAUUCCAUACUGAUUGUGCUGAUGUUCUGAAUGAUUCCGAAUGGUAUUUUAGUGUCAAGACUGCACUACAGGUCUCCUUGCAGAGCCUGCUGAAGGAGGCGAAGGAAAAAUUUAAAGGCUGGAUCAGCUGCUCCAGCUUAGAACAUGUAGAAAUUGCAUGCAAGAAGGUAGAUGAUAAUCAUCCUUUGCGCUUGUGGAAAGUGUCUACUGAGGUAGAAAAGUCACCAGAGGAGAUCCUGAAGCAUUUGCUUAGGGAGCAUCAUCUUUGGGAGAAAGACCUCUUCCAAUCAAAGGUCAUUGAGACUCUGGAUGAUGAGACUGAGAUAUAUCAUUACACCAUCAGCAGUACCUUCCCACACCCAGACAGAGAUUACGUUGUUUUGAGAACCUGGCAGACUGAUUCUCAAACAGGAUUGUGUAUGUUAGCUGCCACAUCCGUGGAUGCCAAAGAAAUUCUUUUACAAGGAGUCCAAGCAAAUGUAAUCACAUCCCAAUAUCACAUAGAACCAGUUGGACCCACAAAAUCCAAACUCAUUCACAUCUGUAGAAUAGACACAAGAGGUCGAAUUCCAGAAUGGUAUAACAAAGUAUAUGGCUAUCGCUGUGCUGCUGAACUCCUCAAGAUUAGAGAUUCCUUCACUGCAUCUGACACUGAACUACGAGAAACAAAUAUAUGAAAAUACAAUCUAGAAGUAAAAGAACUGCAGAUGCUGGAAAUCUGAUAUCAAAUCAGAAAAUGCUGGUGAUAUUCAGCAGGUCAGGCAGCUGCAGAAGGAGAAACAGUUAACGUUUCAGGUCGAUGACCUUUCGUCAGAGCUGAAAUGUUAACUCUGUCUCCCUCAUCUUCUGUUUCUUGAUUAUGGAAAAACCACUUACUUUAAUGGUUUAGUUGUGCAAUGUUUAAACCAAAGCAACAAAUGUGUUUAAAAAUACAUGCCAGAAGAUCCAGCAAACACAACAAUAAUGAUUGGAAGAGUGGGUGUAGAAGGGAAGAUGGCCCAGCUGGUUUGUCACGGCUUAUGAUUUGGUGGGGUGCUUGGAGGGUGGAUGGUUGCUUGGGCAGGGAAAGAGAUUCUUGAAAUUCAGUUGUUAAGAACAUGGGUGGUUCUUCAAAACACCACGUAACAUCUGUUACUAAGUGGAGUAUGUUGAUCAUGAAAUUUUGUCCCAAAUUCUUUCAUGUUGUCAUUCCCUUCCCCCAUCCCAUUUAGAAGCAUUUCUUCAAUUUGUUUUGGCAUUCAAAGGGAAAUUCUAAAUCACAGCAGUGAAGUUAUGGAUAGUUAGCAGAAAGUUGACCUAAUAUUCUCAUUGUAAACAGCCCACUUUAAGUAGGCGUAAAGCUGACCAGUUGCUGAGUGAUGUCAGCCUGGAUUUAUGCAAAGAUAUUUAACCUGGUUUUAUCUAUGGAAAAGCAAAAAGUUAUAACAAAAGCCCAAGGUUGCUUUCUGGGAAUCAGAGAACUGUUGUCCUCCCCAUCAGACAAAUAUGUUUCAAACUUGGCUUUUGAGGUCUCUACUUUCUCAAUGGGUUUAAUGAUCAGGCUGUCUCUGGUGGCUUGAUUUAAUCUCUGCAAUGUCAGCGUGGAAACAGAAAAGAUAAAGAACUUUGCAAAUUUUAUAUUUGAAAUUCUUUUACAAUGUAAAGCCACCAGUAGUCCCUGUAAAUGUUUUAACUUGUCAUGUUUUUCCUACCCCACCUACCAUUCUACCAUGAAACAAGCUAAUUUAAGUUUUUCAGUUUUAAAUAUGCUAUACAUUGGUAAAGCCAAUGAUGCAAAUCCUUCCUUCAUUGAACAGAAUGUCACAGACUGAAGAGUCAUCUGAACUAACUGCAUUAACUUUACGACAGUUAGCUGAGCAAUGAUGGUACAAGUCUUCAUUUUGUUUUAUUCAGUAGUUAAUUGCUAUCUGACAAGAUGUACAAAUAUCAGUAAUAUGGACAUAAAACCUAAUUCAAUUUAGCAAUAGCAUCUAUUUUCCCCAUCAGGAUAGAUGCUUUUUAUAGAAUAUCAUCAAUGAAUGACUUGGUAAACUGCAUCUCAAUAAUGACCAGACUGUUUGCCUAUUCUGAAAUUAUAUUUCAAAUAGACAUUAACAUGACAUGAUGAAAAUCUACAAAUUAGUCAGCAUUUGUAAUGAGAAAACAGUACUAUAACAGAGCGUUUGGGUAAGAUGGGGAUUGAAGCAAAUUCUGGAUGUUAAGAGGAAUAGGUGAAGUUGAAAUAGGAAUUGACUAAUCCAGUUUUGCAAAGCAUUUGGUGUUCUCCAAUGAAACAAUGUACUGAUUUUGUUUAUAAGAUUCAAGCUGUGACUUGAUAGUAUGGUAACAUGUUUAUAUUUUAAAUCUUAUAUCUAUUCAGAUUCUUUAUUGAACCAUGCAACUGAGUUGGUUUACAUCUCUAACAGUUUGUGACCUCAAUGGUAAGAUACAACUAUCCAUUAAAUCAGGCUUAUGAUAUAAACUGUUCAGUAAUUGUACCUAGAACAAAAUUCAGGCAAAGUAACCAAGGAGAAGCCUGUCAAAUACAAAUACUUUGCCUGUAGCCCACUUUGCUUGCUUGGUUCAGUGCUCUGCCAGCAUUUACUGAUUUAAAUGAGCACAGUAUUGAUGGUAUUUUUUAAUUUGUUGGUGGCAAUGUCAGAUUAUAUCAAAAUAUGCCAAGUCAGUGCCAACAGUUUGAAAUACUUCUGGCCAGUGGUGGUUGGUAAGAAGAAGUAUGUAACAUUUAUAUUAUUGCAAAGCAGGAUUGCAUGUAAAAACUAUUUGAAUCAAUAAUUGUCCAAAUAAUUCAAGUAUUACUUUGACUAAAUUGUUUCACGUGCUGAAGACGUACAAGAUAUUACAGCAAGAUCAUGGAUGUUGAGCCAUUGUAUAAAACCUGUCUUUGCAGAUACUGGAUUGGCAAAAAAGCAGCUAUUUAUAUUUAAAGUGAUUUUAUGUCUGAUUUUAUUACUUGCAGCCAAAAUUAAGAAUCAAAAUACUAUUUUAUCUAUUUAUGUAUAUCUAUACAUUUUGUACUUCAUUUAUGUAAAUAUUUACUGCAUCUUAAAAUCAUUCAGACUGUCCAAUAGUUCACUAUCCCAUUUAUUGAAAAUGUAAUGACAACUGUUUAAUGUAGGAUUGCAUAUAAUGUGAUAUAAAUCUUAACCUGCUCUAGGGUGUUUGUCAUAUUUCCUUUGUUACCAGCCUUCAGUUGUAUCAAGCUGUGUACCAGGACAUUAAGGAUGUCUUUCAACUUUCAGUAAAUAAACCAAAUGUCAUGGAUGCUGGAAGUACUUGGGGCAAGAGCCAACAAUGCAAUGACAUUUCAAGCUGUGAUGGAAGGUCAUUUACCUACAAUCCACAUUUUUCUUCUGCCACAGGUGCUGCUCAGCUUCCCUGAAUAUUUCCAACAUUUUUUUAUUAUUUACUUAAUAACUGCACCAAUGAUUUGUAUCAUUGGAGUGUGAACCAGGAUGAAUAUUUUUAAACAAAUUUAGAAAGCCAAUUGUUGCCAGUUACUGAAUUUAAAGAGAUGACAUGUUGCAUCAAAAAUGAUAUUUAUGUAAAUACUUUUGAAUUUUGGUUAAGUAAUACUGCCUCCCUUCAAUGCAUCAUGUGAAAGCGUUACCCAGUUUCUCACCUGCUAAUGAUCUUGCUUGACUGAGGAGGAGGGUGUUAGGGGUGGGAGCAGGGUUGUGUAAAUAAAAUACAACU